CAACCACCAUAUUAUCAAUCCAGAAAAAUAAUUCACCUCCCUCUGUCGCCUCCUAUAUAUAUAUAUAUAUAUAUGAAUCAAGCCUAUCACCAAUCAUCAACUCCACUAAAUAGUAUACAAUACUAAUUCAAAUUCCAAUCCAAAUGGCUUAUAAUUCUAAGCUAAUCUCAUCCCUCAAUCUUUUAGCUUCAUUUCUCAUCCUUCUCGUUCCACUCUUUGCCUCUCUACCUUCAGCUGCGGAUAACUCUUCAACCACGGUCUCCGCCGGAACCAUUUGCAAAUCCACCCCCGACCCUUCCUUUUGCAAAUCUGUCCUCCCUCACAACCACAACCCCGAAAAUGUCUACUACUACGGCCGGUUCUCCGUCGGAAAGUCUUUAUCUCAAUCCCGAAAAUUCUCGAAACUUAUCGACAAGUAUCUCCAAAGACGUUCUACUUUGUCACUUACCGCCGUCAGAGCCCUCGAGGACUGCCGGCUGCUUGCCGGCCUCAACAUGGACUUUUUGCUCAACAGUUAUGAAACCGUCAAUAAAACUAGCAAAACCCUUUCCACACUCAAAGCCGACGACGUCCAAACCCUCCUCAGCGCCAUUCUCACCAACCAGCAAACAUGUUUCGACGGCAUUCAGUCCACCGCGUCGUCGUGGAGUCUGAAAAAUGGCCUCUCCGUCCCCCUCAAAAACGACACGAAAUUCUACAGCGUUUCGCUAGCACUUUUUACCAAAGGGUGGGUUCCCAAGAAGAAGAAACAAGCCGCGUGGCGCCCGACUAGGACGCAGCGGGGCUUCAAGAACGGACGCUUGCCGCUGAAGAUGUCGAGCAAAACGCGUGCCAUUUACGAGAGCGUGAGCAAGCGGAAGAUGCUGCAGACGGAGACGGCAGACGAUGAGGUGUUAGUGAGUGAGAUCGUGACGGUGAGUCGGGAUGGAACCGGAAACUUCUCCACCAUCAAUGACGCCAUUGCGGCGGCUCCAAACAACUCUGCGCCAACUGAUGGGUACUUCUUGAUCUAUGUCACAGCCGGUGUUUAUGAAGAGUACGUCUCGGUUGCUAAAAAUAAGAGGCACUUAAUGAUGGUCGGAGACGGCAUUAACCAGACGAUUAUCACCGGUAACCGGAGCGUUGUUGAUGGAUGGACAACUUUCAACUCUGCAACAUUUGCUGUGGUUGCACCUGGAUUUGUAGCGGUGAACAUAACGUUCCGCAAUACCGCCGGAGCAAUCAAGCACCAAGCCGUUGCAGUCCGAAGCGGGGCGGAUCUGUCCACCUUUUAUAGUUGCAGCUUUGAAGCGUACCAAGACACACUAUACACACAUUCUCUUCGGCAAUUCUACAGAGAAUGUGACAUAUACGGCACCGUAGACUUCAUAUUUGGAAAUGCUGCAGUAGUUUUCCAAAACUGCAACAUUUAUCCCCGCCUGCCGAUGAGCGGUCAGUUCAACGCCAUUACGGCUCAGGGUAGAACAGAUCCGAACCAAAACACAGGCACUUCGAUUCAUAAUUGCACCAUUCGUGCCGCCGAUGAUUUAGCCUCUAGCAACAGCAGUACAAAGACUUAUUUGGGCAGGCCAUGGAAGGAGUAUUCUAGGACAGUUUACAUGCAGUCUUACAUUGAUAGCUUGGUGGAACCUGUUGGUUGGCGCGCUUGGGACGGAGAUUUUGCGCUAAGCACAUUGUAUUACGCUGAGUACAACAACACUGGGCCCGGAUCGAACACUACGAACAGAGUUACGUGGCCCGGUUAUCAUGUGAUUAAUUCUACCGACGCCGCUAAUUUCACGGUGACUAAUUUCUUGCUGGGAGAUGAUUGGUUGCCUCAAACCGGAGUGCCUUACACUGGCGGAUUAAUUUGAUAAAGUUCUUGGAUUGCAAGCCAUUUUUUCAUCUUCUCUUUUACUAUAUUCUUUCUCCUUGCCAUUUUUUAAAGUGAAGUAAUAAGCAUGUAAUGCCCAAUUAAGCAUUCUCAAUUUAGAACUUCGGAUUUAAAUUUAUAAAUGGUUUUAUUUUUUGUAUUGUAACUGAUUAGCUUUAUAACAAUCAUGUUAGAAGAAACUUUCUUGAUA